GUACGAACCAGUACUUUGAUUACAUGGUUAUGCUGACCAUUGUGCUAAAUUGUGUCUUCCUCGGCAUGACCGAGCCGAUCGAAGAAGCUGAAUAUAUCUUCCUAGCAAUCUACACAUUGGAAAUGGUGAUAAAGUCAAUAGCAAAGGGUUUUAUACUCAACAAAUAUACUUAUCUGAGGAAUCCAUGGAAUUGGCUGGACUUUGUCGUGAUAACAAGUGGUUACGCUACAAUCGGUAUGGAAGUUGGUAAUUUAGCGGGUUUGAGAACAUUCCGGGUACUCAGGGCUUUAAAGACCGUCUCUAUUAUGCCUGGCCUCAAGACCAUCAUCAAUGCCCUCUUGCACAGUUUCAAGCAGCUCGCGGAAGUUAUGACCCUCACGAUAUUCUGUUUGAUGGUUUUUGCUCUCUUUGCACUUCAAGUUUACAUGGGUGAGCUGCGUAAUAAGUGCGUAAGACAUCAACAGCCUAAUGACACCCAGGUCGCAUGGAAUGAGUGGACUUGGAAUUCGUCCAAUUGGGCAUUCGACGAGGACGAGAAACCCAUCAUCUGCGGCAAUGUCACCGGCGCCAGACACUGCAAUGAAAAUUUCACAUGUCUGUGUGUCGGUCCAAAUCCAAAUCACGGAUACACUAAUUUUGAUAGUUUUCUGUGGUCGAUGCUCACUACAUUUCAAUUAAUUACUCUUGAUUAUUGGGAGGAUGUUUAUAAUAAGGUGUUGUCGGCGUGCGGGCCUAUCAGCGUCACGUUUUUCACGGUGGUCGUGUUCUUCGGGUCAUUCUACCUCAUAAAUUUGAUGCUUGCCGUCGUGGCCUUGAGCUACGAGGAAGAAGCUGAAAUUACUAACGAGGAAAGAAAAAAAGACCUAACUGAUCACCGCGAAGACUCGACGUUUAGUUUCGACCCGACGAAGAUCAACAUCAAAACCCUAACAAAAGAAAAGCAAAAAAAAAUAGACGCACGCAAGGGCGUUUUGCUGAGCAGCUACACGAGGAAAAAAACACGCAGAAGAAAACGGGGAAGAAGUUCUGCAGGGCAGGAAAAAAAUGGUGGAGCGAGGAGCAGAUCGGCGACACCUAGUCCGAGUCCAAGCCCAAGGCACUCAAAUGUCCGGCCAUCAAAUCUACCUCUCCAGGUGGCUCCCCCUCGGCCACCGGACCCGAUCCACCGGCUGGCACCCCACAGAGGGAUGCUGCACUCGCGGCAAGCCAGCAACAACAGCAAUCAGCAAUCCUCGUUGGAUGACUCGGGUGUCGUUGAUGAUCACGAUGGUGAUGACGUUACCUCGGCUGAAGAGCACGAGCGUCGUGAGCAUCACCAUCGUGAACACAAGCACCGCGAGCACCGCCUCGAACGCCAGGAAAGAAUGCAAAUGGUCACUACGACCACUGGCGAACGCACUCUACUUCCUAUUGCACCGGUCACUGUCUCCGUCAGGAGCAGGAGCCGGGAAAUUAGGGUACUAAAGUGCAAUGGGGUUAAAACUAAAAAACAAAUGUACACAUUACCUCCGGAAUACUUGUCACAUAUUGUCGUUAUUGACGAUCUUCCUGACAGAAAUUGCGACAAAUGUAUUCAAUGUUGCGUCGACUAUGAAGGCUGGUUACGAUUUCAAAAUUGUUUAUAUAAGGUGGUACGAGAUCCAUUGUUCGAAUUAACCAUCACCCUGUGUAUCGUAUUGAACACCGGAUUUCUCGCUAUGGAGCAUCACGGCAUGAGCGAAAAUGUACGACAAGCUCUUAACAUUGGCAACAAAGUCUUCACAAGUAUUUUCACGUUCGAGUGCUUCCUUAAGUUGCUCGCACUGAGCAAAGAUUUUUUCAACAAUGGCUGGAACAACUUCGAUCUUAUAAUCGUGUCCGCGUCGCUCAUUGAUUUAACAUUUGAAUUAGUCGACGGUCUAUCAGUAUUACGUGGUCUGAGGUUGUUACGAGUGUUGAAGCUGGCGCAGUCAUGGACGACAAUGAAAGUUCUUCUGAGCAUAAUAAUAUCUAGUAUUGAAGCGCUGGGUAACUUGACUCUGGUGUUGGUAAUUGUCAUCUACAUAUUCGCCGUUAUCGGAAUGCAAUUGUUCAGCAAAGAUUACACACCCGAAAAGUUUUACCCAGACCCAGUUCCACGGUGGAACUUCAACGAUUUCUUUCAUUCCUUUAUGAUGAUAUUUCGGAUACUCUGCGGUGAAUGGAUCGAGCCACUGUGGGACUGCAUGCGCGCUGAAAAAGAUGAGGGACCGGAAACGUGCUUUGCAAUAUUUCUUCCAGCAUUAGUUAUGGGUAAUUUCAUGGUUCUCAAUCUCUUCUUGGCCUUGUUGCUCAACAGUUUCAAUUCCGAAGAAUUGAAGCAGAAAAAGCAAGAAGUUGGUGAGGAUUCAAAGCUGGCGAGGUCAUUUGACCGGAUUAGGUCAAUUGUUCGUAAAAAACGCUACCGAAAAGAGCGAACGGAGAACGAAAAAAACACACGAUUGGAGCAAAUAGUACGGGAAGUCAUGGACAAGUCGGACAAAGAAAAAUACGCAAUACAGGAAACCGUUUUGAGCCUUCCUAAAGACAAUAUUUACAAUAGAUCGUAUCAAGAAAGUCUGAAUCAGCCGGUGUUCACUUACGAGCCGAUUUAUCAUCGGCAAGCGACUGUGACUACGUACAGCCACAGCAGCCAGGAGACGAUAAAACCUGCGGGUAAGUUGGACGAGGGUAAGGGUGACAGCAAUGAGACGAAUGCUGAAGAAAGCAUCGAGAUGGAAGUACUCAAAGAAUCGACGGGGAAAAUUAUCGAUGAUGAAGAACACUCGGCGAUGCUGCCACAACAGGAAAAAGAGAAACAGACGACGGCCAAGGGACAGAAAAGACCUUGGCACGCGCUCGUUAGCUACGUCGACGAGCUCACUGUCGGUGGAAGACGCGAUAGCAAGGGACGUUACGUUGACGGCAUGGGCUCCUUUCCAGGAUUUGGUAGAAAUAAACCACAUAAAGUGCCACAGGAUUGCUUUCCUCAGCAUUGUUAUCAAAAAUGUAGUUGCAUUAAUCAAUGUAUGGCUACGGAUUUGGGUCACAAAUGGACUAAUUUACGCACAUUCGUGUUGUCGUUUGUCGACACCCCGGCAUUCGAAUGGAUGAUACUGGCAUUUAUAUUUGCCUCGUCUGUCACCCUUUGUUUUGAGGACAUUUAUCUUGACGACAAUCAAUUCCUCAAGCGCAUUCUCUACUGGACAAACCUGGUCUUCUGUUUGCUAUUCAGCAUCGAAAUGUUACUCAAGUGGCUUGCGCUCGGAUUCUGUAAAUACUUUACGAGUUUCUGGACAAUCUUGGAUUUUAUUAUUGUUUUCGUUUCCAUGUUUAGUCUUUUGAUAGAAGAAAAUGAAAACCUCAAAGUACUGAGGUCGUUGAGAACACUCAGGGCAUUGAGGCCACUCAGGGCAAUCUCAAGAUGGCAAGGCAUGAGGAUUGUAGUGAACGCGUUGAUGUACGCAAUACCUAGUAUUUUCAACGUGCUCCUCGUCUGUCUCGUGUUUUGGCUAAUAUUUUCUAUAAUGGGAGUUCAAUUUUUCGGUGGAAAGUUCUUCAAAUGUCUAGACGAGUAUGGUGAACUGCUAGACAUUUCGAUAGUGAACACGAAGAACGAUUGCCUGAGUGGAAAUUACACUUGGGAGAACAGCAAGAUAACUUUCGAUCACGUUGGUAUCGCUUAUCUGGCGUUGUUCCAAGUCGCGACCUUUGAGGGCUGGAUGGAAGUUAUGGAGGACGCUGUUGAUGCGCGGGGCGUCGACCUUCAACCUCAAAGGGAAGCUAAUCUAUGGGCUUACAUCUACUUUGUUAUAUUCAUCGUAUGCGGUUCAUUCUUUACUCUCAAUCUAUUCAUCGGAGUUAUCAUUGAUAAUUUUAAUAUGCUUAAAAAAAAGUACGAAGGUGGCGUGCUAGAAAUGUUUCUGACCGAAAGUCAGAAGCACUACUACACAGCCAUGAAAAAACUAGGUCGUAAAAAGCCUCAAAAAGUAAUAAAACGUCCGAUGAAUCAAUUCCUCGCCAUGUUCUACGACUUGUCCAACUCCAGGAGGUUUGAAAUAGCAAUAUUCGUAUUGAUAUUUUUAAAUAUGCUGACAAUGGGUAUUGAGCAUUACAACCAACCGCAUCCGAUAUUUUUUAUUUUGGAAGUGUCGAAUGCAUUUUUUACAACGGUCUUCGGAUUGGAGGCGAUUGUUAAAAUAAUAGGUCUACGCUAUCACUAUUUCACGGUGCCGUGGAACCUGUUCGACUUCAUCCUGGUGCUGGCGUCGAUACUCGGAAUCCUCAUGGAGGACAUAAUGAUAGACUUUCCCGUGUCACCGACGCUCUUGCGGGUCGUGAGGGUGUUCAGAAUCGGCAGGAUACUGCGGCUUAUCAAGGCUGCCAAGGGUAUUCGGAAACUGCUGUUUGCGCUGGUUGUCAGUUUACCGGCGCUGUUUAACAUCGGUGCUUUGCUCGCGCUCAUUACAUUUAUCUAUGCAAUUAUCGGCAUGUCGGUCUUCGGACAUGUACGCAAGCAGGGUGCUCUCGAUGACAUGGUGAACUUCGAGACCUUUGGUCGGAGCAUGCAGCUGUUGUUUCGCUUGAUGACGUCGGCAGGAUGGAAUGACGUCCUGGAGUCUCUUAUGGUUCAACCGCCGGACUGCGAUCCCACCCCCACCAGCCGGCAGUUGAACGGAGACUGCGGGUCACCCCUCCUAGCCAUUACGUACUUCACGUCCUUCAUCAUCAUCAGCUACAUGAUAGUGAUCAACAUGUACAUCGCAAUUAUCCUGGAAAACUUUAACCAGGCGCACCAAGAAGAAGAGAUCGGCAUUGUCGAGGAUGAUCUCGAAAUGUUUUACAUCAGAUGGUCAAAAUAUGAUCCUCAUGCAACCCAAUUCAUACGUUUCUCACAACUGAGUGACUUCAUAGCGAGCUUAGACCCUCCGUUAGGAAUUUCAAAGCCCAAUGUCGUGGCAUUGGUGAGCUUUAAUCUUCCUAUCGCCAAAGGAAAUAAAAUACAUUGUCUGGACAUCCUACACGCACUUGUCAAGCACGUCCUUGGACACGUCGAGGAGUCGGAAGAUUUCAGAAAACUCCAGGAGCAAAUGGACGUUAAGUUUAAAAAACAAUUCCCGACGAGGAAGGAACUGGAAAUUGUCUCAUCCACGAGGAUCUGGAAGAGACAAGACAAAGCUGCCAGACUUAUUCAACGCACCUUCCGCGAUUAUAUUACAAUGAAAAGAGAACGUGAAAGAAUAGCACAUGAGGUAGAUUCUCAAACACAAACGUCGAGUCCGGGUGGCAUGGGAAGCGAAGGCAGAGGCGGUGGGUGGGGUGGUAAGUUAUCGGCCCUUCUCCACGUUCAUCGCGGAAGUAGGGCCAGUAGCCGCAAGUCCUCCAGGGCCAGCGACGCCAGCGACCUUAGCGAGCUAGGGACAGCAUCGGCUUGGUUAUUCCCAAAUUUACCGCUGCUGCUUCUCUCCGGCGCCACCGGGACCCAUGAGGACCUGCAACCACCCUCCUUAACCGUGUCCCGUCCCUCGCCCACCAUGGAACAGCCCUCGGCUACCUCUAGCUCCGGCUCGGACUCUCACGUCACUGUCAGAUCCUCUGGUGCGACGCUGGGUCGUCAAGACGCCGUCGAGUCGUACCCAGACGAAGACGUGCUGAGUCCGCCGACAUCUAAACGCAGCUCGAUAAGGCCGAGUGGUACUGCAUUGUCAUUAAAUAUUCUACAGCGCGACAUUAAAGAAGCAAUAACACGCCGCUGCGGUAGUUUAAGGGGUAAAAAAAGUGUUCCUGUCCCAGAACCAGCACCACUACGCAUACCCGACGCCAGUGAUGUCAGUAUACUGGUGACAGAACCAAGUCCCGAGACAAAUAUACCGCCCGUAAGACCGCCCUUGCUUCGACAACAGUCUGAAGCAACGGUAGUCCACGUUCUUGUUCACCGCGAGAGUGAAGAGUAUCAAGAUGCUCAUGACAACAGCUGAUCUUAGUUUGAUUGUAUGUUCAUAAUAAAAAUUAAUAUCUUUCCUCCAUUAAUCAUUUCAUCAAAAUUAGGUUAUUUAUUAUUAUUAUUAAUUACGUUUUAUCAGACGCGAGUCUUCCGCAAAUGCAAUACUAAAUCAAUAAUCAUGAAUUUUAAAUAAAAUAGGCGACGAUUUAAUUUUUAUUAUGCAUCUGUAGUCAUGAAUUUAAAUCUUGAUCUUCGUCUUACCUCAUUCAUAAGUAUAAUUAAUUAAUUAAUUAAUAAAUAAAUAAUUAAUCACGCCGAUUAAUCGGCAGUAGAAGCCUGAAGAUGUACUGCCUCGUAUUGUAGAAACAAAGCACACGCAUCAGAUCGACGAGAAAUUGUAUUUCAAGAAUAAUUAAUUUUUAAUUGAUGGCAGAUUAAAUGUCAAUUGGAAAUUAUUUAAUUUCUUGUUGAUCUGAUACGGAUUUCUAGUAAUUUAAAUAAAUGUUUAUUGUAAUAAAUGCGAUUGUUAAUCAGAAAAACCGUCACACGGAACAAAAAAAUAUAUAGACUAAGUUUUAGUUAUUUAUUAUUAUUAUUAUUAUUAUUUUUAAAUGAAGUAGGCGCGUUUAGCUCUCUGCUUCGGAAGUAUUACGGUGGGUUAUAUAUGACGUUUUAUCCCUAGUGUAUGCGAGAAGACUUUUCCGUGGCCAUCUAGUGGCGGUGUGCGGAACUGUCCUUUCUAAGAAAUUUAUCGUCAUUUUAUUUUUUAACUACCGAUGGUUGUGAUUUUUAAUUAUUGGCAUUUUUUAAUUCAUCAAUUGGUUUUUUAAAUUUUAUGAGUUUAAUUGUUUUUUGACUUAAUCUAGUAAAUUACUUAGUGAGGCUAUGCAACUAGAGUUUUAUUAAUCUGUUAUUUCUUCCGAUCUAAUAGGAAUUUUUCAUAGAAAAUAUUGAGAAGCAAAUUAAUUAAAAGAUUUUUGA